AUGACUACAUCUGCAGAUAGUGAUAAUUUAUUAGGUAUCCUUAAUGUUCCGACUAACUCAGGUGGGGCCACAUUUGUUCUCAGUGCAAGUGGAUUUAUGCACAAAUUCGAAUUAGAAUCUAAAUUUGGUGAUUUUGUUAAAGGUACUCCAUGCGCUGUUUGUAAUAAUCGAAUGCGAUUUCGUCUACAACAUUGUGCUUACUGCAAAAUCAAAGUACAUAAAAGUUGCGUUUCUCAUUCAAGACGACUUCCUUGCACAGGACCUUCCAGUGGACAAAACAAUGAAUUACACGAAUUCAAAGGUUCUCCAAAUAUGCCUCGUCAAUUGCAUACAAAUGUUUUAACAACUAGUCAAACAAAUCUUCGUCCUGCCCAUUCUACUCCAGCAUUUCAAAGUUCUGAUUCAAACAGUGCUUCGUCAUGUACAAGUUCUACACCAGGUUCACCAUUUGUCACCGGUACAUCAUUGCUUAGUACAACGUUAGCUGCAUCAUGUUGUACUCGUUUAGACAGUGGUUAUGUUGGUGUUGGUAGUAAUAGUAGUAGUACUACUGGUCAAAUGAUUUCAUUAUCUUCUCCUCCAUUACGAAAUUUAAGCAACAGUGGUGGUUGUAUGUUUAAUCCUUCUAAUCCAAGUCAUUUAUCUUCGCCAGUUAGUAUACAUUCUUACGGAACAGUUAAUGCUGGAAUUGUAACUAAUACACAACAACAACAACAACCUCAUUCUCCUCGACAUUCCGGCCAAUGUUUUAAUCAUUUUGAAUUUCCAAUUGUCAGUCAUCCAAUCAUAGAUAAUCAGUUAGUAGACGGGAAUUUCAAUAAUAAUGUGAAUAAUAAUAGUCCUUUAAUUAGUACUGUGUCGUCUGGAGAAAGUGAACGAACUGUUGUUGACAAUGCAGUACACAGGUUUGAAUCAAUGGAUAGUCAAGAUGAAUCAUCUUUAAUGAGAACUAAUAGUAUUCCUACGGAAAUCAAAAACAGGCAGCUGCAGACAAAGAUUCAAAGUGCAAUGAGUUGUGAUCGUAAAUCUAAUUGUAAGAAAUUUUGCUAG